AGGCAGCGCACGACGGCACAUCUGAUGGACGUACGCUCGUGAGAGAAGCUGCAAGGAACAUCGCUCCAUCAUGCGUCGCCAUUCCAUGAGGACUGGUCCUGCCUUGCGCGCGGCCGCAACGCCUCCCCCAGACGCAUUGAGCUUGAUCCAGAGCUACGAUUCCGACCUCAACCCCUCCAGACCCGUCAAAUCUUCUGCCCUCGGCGUGUCCAUCGAUACCGGCCUUCCUCUCGAGCUGCUUGACCGCCUCAAGGCUUUUCCGCUGUUCCAGAGUGCACCCGAAUCAUUCCUACUAUCCAUUGGGCGGAGUCUGCGUCCGAACAUCUACCAGCCUGCACAAGAAAUCAUUCGAGAGGGCGAAGAUGCCAAGGCAAUGUACUGGCUGGUGCGUGGUUCCGUCCGCGUUACCAGCAGAGAUGGAGAGAGCACCUAUGCCGAACUGAAGCCGGGAUCUUUCUUUGGCGAAAUUGGUAUUCUCAUGGACAUGCCACGCACCGCAAGCAUCGUUGCCAAUAUACGCAGUUUGGUCGUGCGAUUGAACAAGGAAGACUUGCAGAAAGAGCUCCCAUCCUACCCGGAAGUAGAAAGGGCUAUCAGAGAUGAAGCUCUGGAGAGGCUGGCUAUAUUGGAGCGUAAAAAGAAAGAGCGAGUGCAACCCACACAUGCAGGCGAGGAAGGGAGUAUGAGGCCUCCAGCCGCGCCACGGAAACGUUCUCGCGACUGGAUGGCAGGAGACGUAGAGAUGGGUGAAGCCGGGUCCCUUGAGAAUGGAGAAGUCACAAGCAACAAGAAACGGAAGUCGCCCUCGCCGAGCAUUGCAGAAGUGGCUGCAUCCAGUGCCCUCGGCACCUCUUCUCUCACCGUUCGCCAGCUGCUAAAAGAGCUACCCUUGUUCUACGGACUUCCUUCGGACAUACUGCACUUUUUAGGCGUCAAUGCCCAGCCAGUCUCGUAUCCACCCUUUACCGAGAUCGUCAGACAAGAGACUACCGGAAGGGAGGUCUAUUUCAUCGUCCGAGGGGACGUCGAAGUCAUCACGUCGCCUCAGGGGCCUGGCAAGUCUGUACAGCAAGGCGAUGCCACUGAUGUGCAGCCCAAUGGCCAUACCAUUGAUGGAGGAGUGCAGGUCCGGGCUCGAUUAGGAGCUGGCCAGUAUUUUGGUGAGGUGACAAGUUUGAGCCUCGCUCCAAGGAGGACAGCAACAGUGCGAAGUGUGAACUAUGUGGAAUGCUUGCUGAUUACCGGCGAAGUAUUGGAUGAGUUGUGGCAACGAUGCAGCUCAGAGGUUCGCCAACAAGUCGAAGCUGAAGCUCGAAGACGACUCAAGGCGUCAACGAAGAAGGACGACGACGUGGUCAUGUCGGAUGCAGGUGGCUCAGCCGGCGGAGGUGUCAGUACAGCAGGGCUGGUGAAGGAUUCCGCUACUGAUGGCGACGAUGAUGACUGGCGAAAGGAGUUGCCUUCCGUCAAAUUUGAUGCACCAUUGCCCAUUGUGGGCUCCGAGCACACCUCACCUGCGCUGACUCCGAACAUGGAACCCGUCGAUCCGGAUCCCUUCUUCAACGAAAAUCUGGAUAACAUGAGAGCAAAGUCUCGCAGAUCAUCGCUCGCGCCGCCAAUUCCGCCCGCGGAUGGUCAAAGUGCCGGUUUGAAUGAGCAUCGAACUCCUAGCCCGCCGGCAGUCCGAGUCACGAAUCCUUCCCCGCUGAAACCCAUGGCGGCACAUAGGAUGUCUCCGUCGGGAUCAACUACACCAGGUUCCCCGAAUUCACCUUUGCGGCUUAGCCCGACAGCGACAAGAAGGCCAAGCUUGGUUCGGAAACCGUCCCAUUCAGGAAAGGGCAAACUUCCAGACAAGGUCUUAACACAUAUCUUCGAGCACCUUGAUCUUCUGAGCGUGAUGAGGUGUAGGCAGGUCAGCAUGCACUGGGCGCAUCUCAUUCAGACGUCCCCAGAGGUGCUCAAUGAGCUCAAUCUAUCAAUGUACAACAAACAUGUGACAGAUGAGGUGUUGCGUAACAUCCUUGUGCCACUUGUCGGGGGACGAGCGCGCGAGGUGGAUCUGUCCAACUGCUUUCACGUCACAGAUGAAGGCUUCAAGGCGCUCGUAGACUCUUGCGCUCCUGUGGUCCAGGUCUGGAAGAUGAAGUCGGUGUGGGAUGUGACUGCGGGCGCCGUCCUAGCACUUGUCGACAGAGCCAAGAGUCUCGAGGAGAUUGACUUGAGCAAUUGCCGAAAAGUGGGUGAUACACUGCUUGCCAGAGUUGUGGGGUGGGUGGUACCUGAGCAGAAGCCUGGGCUUCAACAACCUCCCCCUCCUCCACAGCCACAAAAUGGCAAGAGAGGCAUCGUGCGGAGACAUGCACAAGCGCUACAGCUACCAGACUUUUCCCAAUCGCAGCCCGCUGCAGGUACGGUCAUAGGCGCACCCAAGCUCAAAAGACUGACAUUGUCCUACUGCAAGCACGUGCAAGACCGCAGCAUGGCACACAUUGCGGUGCACGCGGCGGAUCGUCUUGAAAGUCUCGACUUGACGCGAUGCACCAGCAUAUCGGACAAUGGCUUCCAUUCUUGGAGCGUAUACGACUUCCGCAAUCUUCGCAAACUCAUCUUGGCGGACUGCACUUACCUUAGCGAUCAAGCCAUUGUAGGCGUUGUUGGUGGCUGUAGGGCGCUUCGCGAAUUGGACCUUUCCUUUUGCUGUGCCCUCUCCGACACAGCGACGGAAGUACUCGCUCUGGGCCUUCCCGCUCUUCGAAGACUCGACAUGGCGUUUUGCGGUUCAGCAGUCAGUGACAAUAGUCUGCGUUGCAUUGGACUACAUCUUCUGGAACUACGCUAUCUAAGUGUCAGAGGCUGCGUCCGUGUCACAGGCCAAGGAGUCGAGGCUGUAGUGGAAGGCUGCAGAUACUUGGAAAACUUCGAUGUCAGUCAGUGCAAGAACUUACGGCCUUGGCUCGAGCGAGGAGGUAUUGGAAGAGUGAACGGUCCGCCGCUGAAUCGCAACGUAAGAUUCGAAAUCGUGGCCGAUGGAUCGUGGAGAGGUGGAUACCGAUGAGCUGGUGCGAGGGAAUUGAGACGGCCGAUGACAUACUUCGACGGAAUGCAAGGCUUGUUACGGUAUAGGACGACACAGCGACGAACUCGAGGGCUAAACGACAACAACUACUACUUUUGGCAAUCAAAAAAAGGAAGAGCGAGGCGUUGUGGCGCAGGCACCCCAAAAGAUGUCCUUUGGCGAUGAAAGGGAAGACGUCUGAUGUUGAGAACGGCUGCGAGCUGCGAUCUCUUUGAUAUGUAGGAGGAUGACAUGUAGAAAGUGAGCUUAUGCCGGCGAUCUAAGGUGGACAGGUAUGAUCCUGCUCAGAUCAUGCGCCAUAUGGGAAUGAUGAAGAAUUUGAUACCCAA